UUGAGAAGAGCGGAGAACCAGAUUGUUGAUGGACACUUGGAUGCCACCAAAAGGAUCCUGAGAUCUGACUGUCUGACCCUGUAAAAUAUUAUUAAAGGAAUCGGAGGAAGGCAUAAAGAAGCCCCUUCCAAUUCAAACAAAUAUCAGCUUCUAGAUUAUCCACACAACCAAUCACACCCUGAGGGCACAACUGGGAGCCAACCACAGCUUUAGACUGAUAGAUUGCAGCUUGAGGUAAUGAAACUUCACCUGUUUAGAUGUUUGGUGGUUCCCUCUCAGCUAAGCAAGCGAACACUUAAUUAGCAUGAAAUCAGCUUAGAGUCACAAGAAGCCUGCAAAAAAGGAGGAAAAAAGAAUAAGGACAAAAUAAAGAAUGAGCAAAGAUUAGAUACUGUAAACAGUGUCGUUUUAGGAAGGAUGGCAUGUGAGAAGAAGCCAGUGUCACUGGUCAUCAAAGAAAACAUUGAAAUGAAAGUGUUUUCUUCCAAGGAGCCUUGUAAGGUCUUGAUAACACAGGAGGAAGAGGAGGAACACAGCUUUCACCAGCGAUACAUGGCGAGUCCUCUAUUCUCCGACUCUGAGGAAGCUCCUGAGCUGCAGGUCCAAACUCAACCCAGACACCAGGCUGGAACAGUGUCCCCAGACCAGGAAGAACCUCAGUGCUCUGCUGUGGUCUGCAAACAAGAAGUAGAGAUAGAGCUGGAGGUGAUUCCUCCUAUCAGAAAGUCAAAGAGUCAGCCAGCAAUGCCAUAUUCUAACAAAGCCGGUCAUCUCAAAUGGAAGAGACUGAUUCCUCAGAAGAAAAGACUGGUGGUUAAAGAUGUGGUCUGUUUACCCAGAGGACACUCUAUGUCACAGCUGGACAGACAAAUUGUUCCAAAGAAUAAAGACCAAGCAGCUCUGGAAGCCGUGGUAAUGACUGCUCGCAUCACCAUUGACCACAGCUGGUCAGCCACUCAGGUGGAGAGUCGACUGGCGAUGCUCUUCCAGGGACACUUUGUAAAAAAGGCAGGACAAAAGUUUUCAUUUACAUAUCUGCAGUGUGUGCAGAGCUCCAGAGUGCUGUUUGUCCCUGACACCCCUUCAGAGGGCUGGACUGGAGAGCAGGUCCUCAGGAUCUCUGAACAUGGUGCUUUAUAUAUCCUGAGCCACCACGACUACUCAGAGAAAGAAUCUGAAGGGUCAACAAGUGAGACACCUGUGGUAAAGAGCACAGACAGCUGCCAAGAUGGUAAAAGUGAGCUAAUAAUCCAGCCUCGCAUCUGCAAGGAUACAAAGAAGUCCAUUGUCGACCUGGACACCAUCCUGAGAGCGUUCAGACAGGAGAACGUAGAUCCAGGACUGAAAACUCACAUCCAGGUGAGGCGGACAGAUCUACUCCACGACGCUCUGGAGGUGGUGAGGAGGCCCGACUUCUGCUUCAGGGCGACGCCUGUUAUCUCCUUCAGUGGAGAAGAGCCCGACGGCCACGAGGCCCCUGUCAGAGAGUUUUUCAGGCUGAUUCUGCUGGAGCUGCAGCACAGCUGUGUGUUUGAGGGUCCUCCAGGAAGUCUGUUCUUGACAGGCAACCUCACAGCUCUUGAGGAGAGGAAGUACUAUGAAGCUGGGGUUCUAAUUGGCUGGUCGCUGGCUCAGGGUGGGCCUGGACCCUGUUGCCUUCACCCUGCGCUGUAUCAGGUGAUGUGUCGCCAGAGUAUAACAUUAGAAGACUUCAACUGGCGGGACAUUAUUGAUACUGAAGUCCAAAUCCAACUGAAAGAGCUGCAUAGUUGUACUGAUGUGAAACUGCUGUCUCCCAGUCUGUGCGACUGGGUGUCACGCUGCGGGAUCCCUGACAUCUGUUCAGCUCGCUCUGAUGAAAUACCAGCCAUUUAUAGUCACCUGGUAAAACACUACAUCUACGACAGGGUGACUAACAUGAUCUCCCAGUUUACUGAGGGGCUGAAUAGCUGUGGUAGGCUGUGGGACAUGGUUCAGUUCUACUGGAAAAUAUUUGCCCCAGUUAUGACGAAUGCACCGCGGCAGCAUCUGACUUUAGAAGAGUUCAAGCAGCUUUUUACCAUCAACUUUAGCUGUUCAGACUCCCAGCUGAGGGCAGAUGAGGAGGCCACAGCUGGACACUGGGAAACAAUCCUCACAUUAGUCAGCGACAGCAAGGCAGAGUUUUCCUUUGAAGACCUCCUCACCUUCAUCACUGGAGCUGACCGUUUGCCUCCUCUCAGCUUCCCCAGAUUAAUCUCUCUGUGUUUUUACUCCCAGGAUGCCAGUAUGCCAGAUGUGCAUCUGCCUCAUGCCUCCACCUCUUCUCUGGAGCUGUACCUGCCAAGGGGAGUGGCUGGGGCUGUGGACCUGCUGGCAUUGUUGAACACAGCUGUGCACAAGGCGCUGAGAGGCGGAGAGGACAACUGAAGAGAAGUGAUGAUGAGAUCAUGAAGAGAAUUCCCUCUCACUGGAGAUUAAAGGUUUCUGUGUGAGGUUAACAACAUGACUAAAAUGAAACUGUGUGCAGUAGAAGUGCUGCUCUGUGCUCACUUUGUUGCACGUAACACAAUGGUGGAGAUUAGACCAAUGUGUGCAUUGUUUAAAGACAGAAUCUGAUGGUUUUAAAGCAUGUAGUGUAUAUAAUAGAACCUGUGCACUUUUUUUUUUUUUUUUUUUUUUUCUCAUUAGAAUGAUCACAUAUUUUAGUAGAACUGGAAGAAAUUAUGGUCUACAUACUAUAAGAAAACUUAAGGCUUUUUUUUGGCAAGUCAGAGUUGAUGGAUCCAUGUUCAGUUUACUUUGAGAUAGGGUGACCUUGGGUUAGUUUUGUUUUUCUUUUAAUCUUUUAUUAGUUAUUCAAAAUAGCAGUUAUUAAACUCUAUGCUCCAGUGCUAAAAUAAUUUCAGAUUGAAUUUUAAAUGCAUAAGUUCAAUAUACAUUUACACACUAAUAGAUGUUGUUCUUGAUAAUCUGUAUAUGCUGUGCUUUAGAAAUGCAUGUUGAAUAAAGUUUCAUUUAAAAAUA